AUGACACGCACACUUCGCGUCGCUGUCCUCGAAUGCGAUACUCCGAUUGAUUCAGUGAAAGCCCGAUAUGGAACGUACGGGGAUUUAUUCAAUGGUUUGCUACAAGAGGGGCUCAAUUCACUUCCAGACUGUGCUGCCAACAUAACCUUGCGCACCAGCAAGUGGAACGUGGUGGAUAAUCCAGUUUAUCCUGCGGUUGCCGAUUUCGAUGCCCUUCUCCUUACUGGAAGCAAACAUGACGCUUUUUCCAAUGCUCCGUGGAUAGUUAGUCUCACCAACUACGUUCGCGAUGUUUUCCAGCAUCAGCAAAAGCCUUUGAUCGGAAUCUGCUUUGGGCAUCAAAUCUUAGCGCGGGCCUUGGGGGCGCGGGUGGGGAGAAGUACGGCAGGGUGGGAGAUAUCAGUUGAUGAAAUCAGCCUAACUGAUGUUGGGAAAUAUCUGUUUGAGAAAGAUACAAUAAGCUUGCAGCAGAUGCAUCGUGAUAUCGUUCACGAUGUGCCCAAAGGAUGUGUGAAUCUCGGGAGUAGUCUUCGUUGUGGUGUCCAAGGGUUGUAUAUCCCUAUGAAAGCCUUGACGGUUCAAGGCCAUCCCGAGUUCAAUGAGUUCAUCAUGUCUCGAGUACUGGAGACGCGAUACAAACAAAAGGUUUUUGAUGACAGUCUAUUUCAAGACGGACAGGCCAGAGCUGGAAAGCCGCAUGAUGGGAGUCUGGUAGGGAAAGCUAUCUGUAAAUUCCUUCUGCAAUGA